AUAAUUUUUUUCUAAUCAAGUAAUAAAUAUUAUUAUUAAUCGUGUAAAAAUAUUUAUACAAUCCAGCACAUUUGUAUAUAGGAUAUUUUAGAAAUAAGCCAAACUUUUAAGACAAAUUCUAUUCAUUAAAAAUGAAAAGAAUCACAUGAACAUGAAAACGCUUAUUUAUCGAGCUAUAAAAAUUUUUUGUUUCUUAAUAUACAUGUACUAAUACAAUUUUUAAUAAUAAUAAUUAGAUAUUAUUAGGAAAUUGUUUUUAUCAUUUAAUUAUAAUUUUACUCUAUCAUUUACGCGCAAACAAAAAAUAAAAACAAAUAUUCCUGAAAUUUUUAACAUCUAAAAUGUUCUUUCCAAAAUCGGUUGUAAAUAAAAAGUGUAUACAAUUUGAAAAGAGUUUUUUGACUCGUUCAUAUAAUUUUUUUCAUCCUUACAAUGAAUAGAAUAUGCUCUUAAAGUUUAGAAACUUAUUUUUGAAACACGUGCUCUGUGUAUGUGUGUAUAUCACAUACACACACACACACAUCGUAUAUUAUAUAUAUGUAGAUACGUCUGCGUAUAUUAUACAUUGACGCGUAUCAACAAAAUCUUUUCUGCAUUCCAAAACAAAUAGCAUCAUUAAUAUCGGCUUUAUCGUGUGGUAGACGACGUAAAAAGAGGAUCGCGUUUCACGACUCGAUCUUAACUGACUCGCCGCAAACUUCUUAGGGCCAAUUUCACCAAAUAUUUUGUAAUCGGCGAUUAGUAAAACUUUGUUUUACAUAAACGAAGAUUUUAAUCUCGAUUAUGAUCGAUCGAGUUUCACCGGUUUUACAGUAACGCAAUUAACUCUAGUUUAGUAAAUCGAAGUUUAAGGCUAAACGAGCACCGACAACGUCGCAAAUAUAUGGACAUAACCUAAUAUUGGCGUGCAUAGUAAAAGUGAAUACCCUUACCGGAAAAAAUGUCUAGUUCAAUUUCUAUAAGUGUCAAGCGUAAAAGAGAUCCAACAUUUCAACCUGCGGAAAAAAAUAAUUUAAUUGACAUAGUUUCUAAGCACUACAAUAUUGUAGAGUGCAAAAAGACUGAUGCUCUCAGCACUCGUGCCAAAAAUGAAGAGUGGAUGAAAAUUGCUUCAGAAUUUAAUGCAAGUUCUACGUUCAUAGAUAGGGAAUCGCAGGUGCUUAAAAACCUGUGGGAAAACUUAAAGAAAAAAGCUAAAUUUGUUAUGACGCAACAAAAUCAAAGCAUUUUUGCCACAGGAGGCGGGCCACCAAAGAAAUUUAAAGAAGAUCCAACUCUGGAAAGAGUCAUUACAUUGAUUCGACCCAAUGUUCAAGGUUUUAUGAAUACCUUUGACAAUGAUGGACCUACUAUCUCAGUCUCUAAAGAAAAUGAUGAAGAUACUGAUAUUACUCAUGACGAAGUAGAAAAUAUCCCUGAGGAUACUUUAAAUGGCGAUUGGUCGACCUAUACACCAUCAAUGCUCAAAACACCUAGAGCCUCUGUUCUUCGUCAAAAUCAAGAUUUGAACAUCAUAAAUAUACCAAUUGAAUAUGUCGCUGAUUCUGAAGACAUUUUAAAAGAAAACACACAAGUACCAUGCUCCACCUCUUCAGCCAAUUCAACAGAAAUUACGUCUUGUUCCACAGUAUCCACCCCUACUAUUAAAUCUAAAAAGUAUUCAACUAGUCGAAGGAGGCCAAUCCUUAAACAGUCAGAGGGAGAUGUACUUGCCCACACAAAAAUAAAGACAUUGAUUGCCAGCAAUGAGCAAGCAACAGAACAACAUGAAAUAACACUGAGAAUUCUGGCGUUGCAAGAAAAACAAGAACAAGAAAAAUUAAAACAAGGAAUUGAGAAAACAGAGCAAGAGAAACUGCGUACUGAAAUGCUUCGAGAAGAAAUGCAAAAGAUGAAGAAACACUGAAGAGAGAACAUGGACUGUGAAUUGCAUAUAUUGUGUGCAUUAUAUGUUUUACUUUUAAAAGCCACUUGCGCUUGAAUGUAUAAUUUAAUUUCAUAUUGAGUUCAUUUGAGACUUCUCUUUUUAUUGUAUGUUUUUAGUCUCUAUAUAUAUUUUUUGUAACUAAGUGCAAUUUAAAUUGAAUGUAUUAAGUUUUUAUCUAAAAAACUUGGAAAUGCACAUUCAAGUACACCAAAGAUUCUUCUAAUUUUCAAAGUUGUCUAACAAAUUUUCCAAGUAAAAACUUACAGUUAGUGAUAUAUUCUAGUUGUCUAAGAGUAUCGCGUUUGUUAAUGUAAUAAUAAAUGUAAUUGCAUGUAUUACAUUUUUUUUAUUACAUUUUGUGAUGAUUUAUCUUAUGUUAUGUUAUAUGCAUUUCAAGAAUUUUAUGUUUAAAGUCAUUUAUUAUACAAACUAAUGUCAUUACAAUAUUUUUUAAUUUUCUAUUAUAUUGUGCACAGCUUUUCUUCUUGCCACCUUCCUUUUUUUAUUAUACUAUAUGUAAGAGUAUUUGAAUUGAAUAAAGACUUUAUUUUCGUUCAA